AUGAAGGGCGAUCGCGACCUGGUGGGCAUAGAACGCUCACUGGGCCUGCGAUCCGUCCGUGGCAUCUCGCGCCAGGCCAACAAAGACGCCCCGCGUAAGUCGCCGCCAUCGUCGCCAUCAUCAUCAUCAUCCAUCACCGUUCAUCACCGUCCAUCACCAACCAUCAUCGUUCUGUUUCCCGUCGUCGGCGUUCCAAUGCCCGCCCUCUCGCUGACUCCCAUGCACAGCCAUCAGAUCCCUGCUCGAGGGCAUUCGCAUCAUCGCCCAAGCCUACGUGACGCGCUCCAACGGCGAGAUCCGCUCCUCGCAGGUGCUCAAGGACGACGCGCACGACUUGCUGGAGCAGUACGGUCCUGACAUCUGGCCUGGCCCCGAACACGAACGUCCGCCAUGGUAAGGAACGAAGCGCCCUGCCCAUCCAAUCUUCUACCUCCAUUACCUUGCUGACAAUCCCUGUCUGUGCCAGGCUAGAGGAGCCGAGCACCACCAACUUUGAUGGCAAAUACCCUCAGCACCGCUACUACACGGAUCCUGCCGACCGCGAAUUGUAAGCUCAGCAUUGCGUGCGAUCCUGUCCAGCCUGCACGCUGUCAAUCCGUGCACCCUGCUUGCCGCUUGCUGCUUGCCGCUGUACGCAUUGCUGACCCUCCCUCUCGCAGUCUCAACAAUACCUUCUACCAGCUCGUCGUGGAAAAGUGCUGCAACUACCACGACAACCAGCUGCAGAAGCAUCGCCGCUCCAGCGCCAAGAACACCGCCGGCCAGGACACGCACUCGGCCUCGGGCACCCCACGACAGGGCGAGUAUGCUGAUGAGGCUGAGAGUGAGUCCGAAUACCUUACUGCCCAUGCGCCACCUGCCUGGCCCGCCGUGAAUGACCCUGUUGCUCGCCGUGUCCUUUCAUCCGCACCUCCACCAGCAAUCUCACCUCCCUCUCAUCACGCGUCGGAACUCGCGCCGCAUGGCUUACCUUCCGUCUACGUCUUCGGCAGUAACGGUCAUCCCGCCGCAGAUACCAUGUCGCCUGCUGUAAAGGAAAUGUCUCCCAUCCCGCGUCAGCCAAGGCCCUCUCCGCCCGUCGACUCUCAUGUGCAUGAGGACUCAUACCAAGUACCGGAGCAAGAUCGAGAUGGCGAUGAGGUCAUGCCCGACAGUUCCGCCCGAAAUGGCUCCGUCAGUGGCGAUGAGGAAAACGAAGACUACUUGGGCGCCUACAAGCGCAAGCGGACUGGCUCGAUCGAGUCGGAUCGGGUUUCCAAACGGAGUCGCAUCGGAAGCGUAUCUGAUGAGAGGGCUUCACUGAUCGUGACACUCAAGGCCAACCCGGAUGAACUAUUACGCAUUUCCAAGAGGUCUCGUAAGACACUCUACAAUAACAAUUUCCUCGACUAUUAUACGAGAGAUUCCAGCCCGGAGGAGACGUCAAGUCGGCGCAGCGUGAGGAGCCUACGUAGCGAGCGACAGAGCACCAUCCACAGCACGCCUGGUCCGGAGCUUCGACCCAAACAGGUGAUACAGGUCCAGCAGUAUAAGGACCGGAGAGGCAAGUGGUAUGAAGUUGACACCGAAAUCCGACCAGACUGGGCUGUUGAGGAGAGAACCGUCACCAGAGAGAUACCUCAGGAACGCCGGCGCAGUGCCUGGGUUAAGCGCCAUGGGCCCAUUAGCCCCAAUUCUGUGAAUGCUGCAUCUGAGAAGGCCCGUAGCGAUGACCUGCUUUUCCGCGGUCAGGCGGAUCAUGCGCCGCGAUCUGGGGAUAAGAUGCCAGAUCUCGACGAAGCCUCCACGGAGAACGAGCCCUCUGUAAAUGGUAGGAAAGGCUCACAUGCUGGUACUGAAGAUUUGCCUUCUUCGGGCAAGAGCGGUCUGUUGUCGCCGAGCAAAUCGCCUGGUCCUUUCCCACCGAAGAGGCCGGACGUGCAAGACAAUGCUCGUCACCUACCGAGCGUGUUUGGUGAUCAACAUCGGCAGGGCAGCAUUGCCGAGAAUACGUCAAGGGAUGGGACUGAGCGCGAUAUGGCACCUCCUCCGCUGACCGGUCCCACUGCUGUUCCGUUCACAUCAACAGCUACAGAAGGACCGCGGGAAACUUCUUCAUCACCCGUGGAGGCUGGCGCAGACUUUCCUUCGCGCGAAGCGCACACGAUCACCAACACGUCUCCCGAUCAACGAGCCGCAGCUUCGGAACCUCCAGCUCGGUUUGUCGUGCCAGAUCGACCGUCGCGGCCUACCAGUCGUAGUGAUGCAGGACCACAGCUGCUGCAACAUGUGUUCAAAGCGAGAGGUUCCGAGCCGCUUCCGGGUCUGAAGAGUAGGGUGAUGGGUGGUUCGGAGAAUUCCGUCCCACCUCUGUCAAUUAUUCGCGCUCGCGAUCCUGAAGAAGACGAGCGGGCGCAAGCUCGACUAGGCGCAUUCAGGCCGAGUGCUGGAGACGGCCAAUUCAUUCAUUUCACUUUGCCACAGCAGGGUAAGGAGAAUGGAGCUCGUCGAGAAGAAGACAGGCCCCAAGCUCGCUCGCCUCCUCGCAAGCCCGAUGAGCAGCAGCUCAAAGCUUCUGCCACGCCGGAGAUGACGUCCUCGGAGACCUUUCCAGCUUCCAUCACGCAGCCACAACAACCAAAGAGGAGUAUUCAACCGGCAUCGCUUACAGGCGUGCCUCCAGCACCACCCAACUACGCCACUCCCAAGGCUCUUGUGGAGGAAGUGCUGGGUGGUAUGGCUGUCUAUCCUACCGUCCAGUACAUGUUGACAACCUUCCCGACGCUUAGUAAGAUCGAGUUGCAAAACCUGAAAAGGAUUGUCUCGCAUGACCAGUCGGCUAGGAAUGACUGGCGCGCGCUCCAGCGAUAUCUUCGCGCGGAGAUCAUGUACGGGCCACUGGACACGGUCGAUUUUGGCAUUCUCCAGUCAUAUGUUUAUAAUCCCAAUGCGGGACCGCCUCCGCCCGAGCUGCAGUCGCUGUUUAGCAAGCAGGGAGGUCCGACGCGGUCUCUGCCGAGUAAUUCGACGGGCACGCCACGCCAACAGCCGGCUGUUCCAACUCCUCCGAUCGAGACGAAGUCGGCGACCACGAUGAAGCAUGAAGUCAUCCGACCUCUGACCAUCCAGAGUGUGGCGCCAAUCCCAUCGACACGCCCACCUCCGCCUCUUCCUGCACCGGUUUCAGUCCCUUCGCAGCCCGCAGAGGCGACGAAGAGCGAGCCACCCGAAAGCAAAGGCAAUCUCACCAGCUCCGCCGAAGACGAAUCCCUCAGCAACACCUUUAUCGAAAUCAACUGGGGCCAUCCGACCUACGAAUUCGGGGACCACGCGGAACUCCGCGAUUUCAAGAAUUGCCGCACCGCAGCGGAAUUCUUUGGACGGAUCGAGGCCAAGAUACCGGAUGAGCUGGUGCAGGAUGGGAAGAUUAUACGAGAGAUUCGAAUCAAAGCUGUCAGCGAGUUGAAAGGUGCGAUGGGGCGGAUGCCGAGGUUCCUGAGGGACGAUGGGGGUGUGAGGGCCGGGUGGAGGCAGCUGAUGAAGAUUCUGAGGGCGCAGCCUGUGGGGACGGAGGCGGAGUUGGAAUUUUCCAUUAUCUGGGGGGAGAGGUAG